GUCCGGAGAAAAUGUGUAUUUUGUUUUACAAAUAUUUUUAUCUGUAAAUUUUUAAGUAUACUGUUUUAUAUAGAAAGCAAGGUUUGUGGAUACAUCAGUUUUUUUACAUUUGUAAUUAUUAUUAUUUUUUUAUUUCCUCCAUUAAUUGUGGAGUUAGUGGAUUACUCAGUCACAAUAACUCAAUAACGUAAAAGUCAGAGUAAGACCUGAAACCUGUUGUAUAAUAUUUGGGUCAGUUUAUCCCACUUGUCAUUGUUGUAUUAAACACAAGCGUAUCAGCCUCUCCAACAUUAACUUUGCUUACAGAGUGAAAACCCUUGUUUGUGGGAGAUCUGUCCACCGUUGCAAAAUGUGAUCACAGUCCAUUGACCCUCAAUAGGGAGGAUUUUGGGUCUACAGUGGGGUCAUGGGACCACCUUUAGUACAGCACAGUGCUUUGCCACCCAAGCUGAACAGUAACAGACUCUGUAUGGCAACCUUCAAACUUCCAAACUGGAUGUGAUAUCAAGGUGUGGGAUAGUUUUCAUCGAUUUGAAAGGCAGUUCCAUCUGGAAUCAAUGCCAGUUCUGAGAAAGUAACAGCGAUGGAUGAUGUCUAGUGAAACGGUAACUAACUCUCAAAUCAGGAGUGUGUGGUACUGAUGAGAGUCACUGAGCUGGAGCUGAGAUCUGGAAUAUGAUGCUGUCACACCGUGUUGGACAAGCGUGUCAUGUGCUUGUGCUGGUGUUGUGUCUGUCUGCGGCUGAGGACUUCGACUGGUCAGCGAACAACCACGACUCCUUCUAUUAUGGCGCUUUUCCAAAUGGAUUUUCGUGGGGCGCCGGCAGUUCAGCCUAUCAAACAGAAGGAGCCUGGGACAAAGAUGGGAAAGGACUGAGCAUCUGGGAUGUGUUCACUCAUAAGAAGGGAAAGACGUUCUUGAAUGAUACUGGAGACUCUUCAUGUGAGGGAUACUACAAAUUCAAGGAUGAUAUUUCAUUGAUAAAAGAGCUGAAUCUAAAUCAUUAUCGGUUUUCCAUCUCCUGGCCUAGGAUCAUGCCAACUGGAAUCAGGUCUGACCAUGUGAAUGAGAAAGGAGUGAAGUAUUACAAUGCUCUUAUUGAUGAGCUGCUUAAACAUAAUAUCACUCCCAUUGUGACUCUUUAUCAUUGGGACCUGCCACAGGUUUUGCAGGAGAAAUAUGGUGGAUGGCAGAACAUCAGUAUGAUUAAUUAUUUCAAUGACUUUGCCAAUCUUUGCUUUGAACGAUAUGGGGACCGUGUCAAAUACUGGAUAACUUUUAAUAACCCAUGGUCAGUGGCAGUGGAAGGAUAUGAAACUGGAGAACAUGCUCCAGGACUGAAGCUCAGGGGCACUGGGGCCUACAGAGCAGCUCACCACAUCAUUAAGGCACAUGCUAAGGUUUGGCACACUUACGAUACUCAGUGGCGAAACAAACAAAGAGGUAUGGUGGGUAUUUCACUGUCUGGGGACUGGGGAGAGCCUGUGGACAUCACUAACCAGAAGGACAUUGAGGCUGCAGAGAGAUAUGUACAGUUUUACAUAGGCUGGUUUGCUACACCUAUCUUUCAUGGAGAUUAUCCUCAAGUGAUGAAGGAUUUCAUAGGGAGGAAAAGCGCACAGCAGGGUUUGGGAACGUCCCGCCUUCCCACCUUUUCUUCUCAGGAGAAGAGUUACAUCAAAGGCACCUCUGAUUUCCUAGGUGUGGGGCACUUCACCACACGCUACAUAACCCAAAAGAACUUCCCUUUCAACCGUGGCUCCACCUACUUCUCAGAUCGGGAUGUAGCAGAGCUGGUCGACCCACGUUGGCCUGAUCCUGGUUCGGAGUGGCUCUACUCUGUUCCUUGGGGCUUCCGCCGUCUGCUCAACUUUAUAAAGACUCAAUAUGGGAACCCCGUGAUCUUCAUCACUGAGAAUGGGGUCUCGGAGAAGAUGAUGUGCACAGAGCUGUGUGAUGACUGGAGGAUACAGUAUUACAAGGGGUACAUCAAUGAGAUGCUUAAAGCUAUCAGGGAUGGAGUGAAUGUAAAGGGCUACACCGCUUGGUCCCUUCUGGACAAGUUUGAGUGGGAUGAGGGCUAUUCAGAGAGGUUUGGCCUUUACUAUGUGGACUUCAAGAACAAAAAUAAGCCUCGCUACCCCAAGGCCUCUGUUCAGUUCUACAAGCGCAUCAUUAAGUCUAAUGGAUUUCCCAAUCAGAGAGAGGUUGAGAACUGGAAAAUGAAGGCUACAGAGACUUGCUCCACCAGCAAUCAGCUCCUGGCUGCAGGUCAGUGGAUCAUUGAUUCGAACUUCGUUGAAGAACCGGGGCAUACAUGGAAAAAUUCCCUUUGUUGGUCACAGACUAAAAGAAAUAAUCAUGUAGUCUUUAAUCAAGAACAAAUUCAAUGGGAACAAAUUCCUCUUGAACAGUACAUGAGAACAUUCUUCUGUUUUAUUAUGCUAACCUCAUUUGUGGUUUGACUAGGUUUCUACUUAGCCAUUAGUGUCCAUAGGGACUCGGUAUGCUUGCCAUGAGAAUGGAUUGACAAAGACUUUUGGGGAGGUCUGAAACAGAGACUGAGCCGAAACCUCUAACGGGAUUUUUCUAUGUUUGCCCCUCCAGCUAGAAGCAAAUCCAAUGAAAAGAAAGAUCAUGUAGAGAUGCCAAAGGUUUGGCCAGUGCAUGAUGAAAUUUAAACACUAGGGUACAUAUUGAAGUAACUUGUUCUUCUGACAAAGUCUUUAAAAACCUCAGAAUGAUUGUGUGGUGUAGUUGGAUAAAAAGAACUUUUUAAGCAACUCCAGUUCUGGCCGUCUCUAAUCUUGGGAAGCUGAAAUGUCUCUAGUCUUCAGGGGCCAUAUUUUACAAGCUUCAAUGAAUGAUGUUAUAAUGGCUCCACAGUACAUAUAUUUUUAAUUAAAUGUCACCAUAAAGAAAUAACCAGAUCAGCUAUUGGAGCACCUUUGAUUAAAGGGUCAAUACACUGCGAAGCCUUAUUUCAUUAGGACGAGCUAUAAUAGUGCGCAACAGUGCACACCCACUUUUCAUGGCCUUGGUUCUGAAAGUUAUGUUUCCCAUUCAUUUUACUUUCUUUCUUUUUAAAAAGAGAUAUAGGCUAUGAACCAAACCAAUCAGCAAAAAUGCAACUCAUAACAUUACAAACUUGAUUAGAAACAAAAAAGUAUUUGAACAUUCUGCAAAAAGACAAAAGGUACUUUGACAGUGCACUUAAUGAGGGAAAGAACUAAAGAGGGUUUUUUUUUUGGCACGCUGUGCUUGUUUCAAUUCUCUGAUUGGAGAUUUGCAGAGUCUUGGGUAAUGUAGUUUUUCACCAGAAAAGUUUUUUAAGACUAAAAGAAAACUAAAAGUACUAAACUAAAACUAGACUAAAAGAAAUUGGUUAAAAAAAACUGAUGGGGGCUGAUGGUUUCAACAAAAUAAUAUAUC